AUGUUAAAUGGUGGCACUUCCUCUCCUCGCCUCUCUCUUUCUUCCUCCGCCGCUCUAAGCACAAUUUUUUUUAGCAAAAUGAGCACAACAGCAGAUCCAUUAUGUCGGAAGUUUGUUCCAGUUGAACAGAGUGAGAUUACUUCGAUAAGUAAACCUGAUGGCUUCAAAUUCUGUCUUGUCUCAUACAACAUCUUGGCUCAGUGGAAACCUCGUUCCCAGGCAAUAUUGACUGUUCUCAAGAGCCUUGGGGCUGAUUUCAUUUGCUUACAGGAGCUAGAUGAGUAUGAUAGCUUCUACAAAAGAAAUAUCGAAAGCCAUGGCUACUCAAGUAUCUACAUUCAGAGAAGUGGGCAAAAGCGUGAUGGGUGUGGGAUCUUUUAUAAACCUAAUAGUUCAGAAUUGGUCAUAGAUGAGAAAAUAGAUUACAAUGAUCUUGUAAGCUCAGUACAAAGUGGAGCAACAUCAUGUGUGGUAAAAAAUAAUGAUGCGCUGCUAUGUGGUGGAAAUAAAGAUGCCGGAGUAAAAGAUUUAGAGCCAAAAAAUAACCGAGAGGAUCGUGGAGAUCCUAAUGAUCUGCUUGUAAGAUUAAAACAUGACUGCGUUGGUAUCAUGGCUGCCUUCAGGCUUAAGGAUCCUUCUGGCCAUCUCGUUAUUGUUGCAAACACUCACCUUUACUGUAUUGAGCUUUGCUGCUCCAGGGAUCCAGAAUGGGCCGAUGUUAAGCUUGCGCAAGCUAAAUACUUGCUGUCACGCUUAGCUCAAUUCAAAAUGCUGUUAUCACACAAAUUUGAAAGCACACCUUCUGUAAUUGUUGCCGGUGACUUCAAUUCAGUCCCUGGAGAUAAGGUUUGUCAGUACUCCACGAUUUCUACUUGGAAAUUUCAAUUCUUACUUUAAUGCUUGGCUGUCUUUGAUUGGCUGAGAUCUUUCUUUCACGGUUUGCCAAAAUUGUUGACGGGAGUUUAGUUGCAGAUGCAAGUAUGCUCUACAAUCAAAUAAUUCUUUGUGUAUCGAGAUUUCAUUCCUUCGUGUUAUUUGAAUUGUUAAACAACAAUUUACUCCAAAAGCUUAAGCUAGAGAGGGUGCAACUUAAGUAGUUACAUUUCAACACACUCCCUCUUGUGCUGGCUAGAUUUUGAGUUUAGCAUGUGAAAAUUUGGAUAAUUAUCACGGGGCAGUAAGGUUCAAAUACAGGAUCUCUUGCUCUGAUACUGUUAAACAACCAUUUACU